GUGCACUCCAUGAAAAUCUGUGUGUUCGCCACUAUAAUUUAGCAGAGCUGGAGAUGUGUUGCUAGUUGGACUCCAAUCAGUGCAGAAGUUACCAGUUAAAUCAUUCGAACAGUCAUUAAGAGGCAAUCAAACCACAGAUACUGGCAAGAUGUUGGAUGUGUACGAUAUUCUCCGGCAGCCAGCAGUCUAUGGCACGCUGGGCGUCUUUGUGGUUGCUACAUUUCUUGAUCUGUUGCGGCGAAGAAAAGAGAGAUUCCUCAUGGCUUCACCAGUCGAUCUCAAGCACCAGUCCAUUGAACUGCCUGGGGAAGAAAGAGUUCAUGUCUCAGCCCUUACUCCAGAUAGGAACUUUAUAGAGUAUAUGCAUGAAGAUGCUAGAACAGUCUACCAGGCAUUCCUGAGGGGUAAAGCAGUGAAUGGUGAUGCUGACUGCAUGGGAUCAUGUACAGACAAAGGCUCAGUGGACUGGAUAAGCUAUAAUGAGGUGUAUGAGUCAGCCAAGGAGAUUGGAUCUGGUCUAAUCCACCUUGGACUCAAACCAAAGUCAGAGGCCUUGAUUGGAAUCUAUGCACAGAACAGACUAGAGUGGGGAUUGUUUGAGGUAGGAUGUAUCACAUACUCCCUCGUCAACGUUCCUCUCUACGACACAUUAGGACCUGAUGUCUGCUCGUACAUCAUUAACCAAGGAGAUAUCUCCAUUGUAGUAUGUGACACUACGAAGAGGAUCUCAGCCGUCUUAGAGAAGGCUUCAUCAAGCCCUUCCCUGAAGAUCAUCAUCGGCAUGUUACCCAAAGAGAUCACACCUGAAAUCAAGCAGGAAGCACAGGAUGCCAAUGUACAGAUCUUCACACUACAGGAGCUCAGAGAACUUGGGAAGAAACACAUGCAGGAUCCAUCACCUCCAGAGAAAGAUGAUAUGUAUACUGUUUGCUACACCAGUGGAACAACAGGCAAUCCAAAGGGUGCAAUGCUGACACAUGCAAACAUCAUAGCAGCAGGAGCAGGAUUACAGAAAGCAUGCUAUCCUGCUCUUACAUUCAUUCCAGACCAGUGCCACAUAUCAUACCUCCCUCUCGCUCAUAUGUAUGAGAGACUUAAUGUCCUCAUGAUGCUGAUGCAUGGCGGGAAGAUUGCAUUCUACCGUGGAGACGUGAAGGUCAUCAUCGAUGAUGUCAAGAUGGCGAGACCCAGCGGAUUCUGCUCCGUCCCAAGGCUUCUCAAUAGAGUUCAUGAUAAGGUCAUGCAAGGUGUAAACGGAACCAAUUGGAUCAAGAAGACAAUAUUCAACAUGGGAAUGAAAAGCAAGAUGGCUGACCUUGAAAAGGGAAUAUGCAGGAAUAACACCAUUUGGGACAAACUCGCCUUCAAGAAGAUACAGGCUGUGCUUGGUGGUAACCUGGAGGUGGUAUUCUCCGGUGCUGCACCUCUCUCACCAGAAGUCAUCUCAUUCUUAAGAUGCGUGCUGGGAGUGCCGGUAUUGGAGGGCUAUGGUCAGACUGAGUCAGCUGUUAUCAGUACAUUGACCUUGCCUGGAGACCAUACAACCGGUCAGGUUGGACCACCUCUGCCAUGCUGUGAGAUCAAACUGAUCGAUGUACCAGAGAUGGAAUACUAUGCCAAGGAAAACAAAGGAGAGAUCUGUUUCCGUGGAGCAAACGUAUUCAAGGGAUACUUGAACAACCCAGAGAAGACGAAAGAAGCGCUUGAUGACGAGGAAUGGCUUCAUUCAGGCGACAUUGGCAUGUGGCUCCCGAACGGAACUCUGAAGAUCAUUGAUAGAAGGAAAAACAUAUUCAAGCUGGCACAGGGCGAGUACUUAGCACCGGAGAAGAUUGAGACUGUGUAUUCAUCAUGUUCACUGGUUCAGCAAAUCUGGAUCUACGGUGAUAGUCUGCAGUCCUAUGCUGUAGCUAUUGGAGCGGUGAACCCUGAGACUCUUCCUGCAUUAGCCAGUAAGAUGGGUGUCAAAGGAUCCUUAGAGGAACUCUGCAAAAAUGAGCAAAUAAAGAAAGGUGUCUUGGAUGAUCUGAUGAAGAUUGGAAAGGAGGCAGGACUCAAAGCUUUCGAACAAGCAAAGUACAUUCACCUGUAUCCUGGAACAUUUGAGAUUGACAACGGUCUGAUGACCCCGACACAGAAGCUCAAACGAGUCGACCUUAGGAAGUUCUUUGUCAAGGAACUCAAGGAGAUGUAUCCUGACACCAUGUAAAACCCUGACAAACAUUGUGAAAUCCCGACAGACACUAUGUCAGACCCUAACUGAACACCAUGUAAAACCCUGACAAACAUUGUGAAAUCCUGACAGACACUAUGUCAGACCCUAACUGAACACCAUGUAAAACCCUGACAAACAUUGUGAAAUCCUGACAGACACUAUGUCAGACACUAUGUCAGACCCUAACUGAACACCAUGUAAAACCCUGACAAACAUUGUGAAAUCCUGACAGACACUAUGUCAGACACUAUGUCAGACCCUAACUGAACACCAUGUAAAACCCUGACAAACAUUGUGAAAUCCUGACAGACACUAUGUCAGACACUAUGUCAGACCCUAACUGAACACCAUGUAAAACCCUGACAAACAUUGUGAAAUCCUGACAGACACUAUGUCAGACACUAUGUCAGACCCUAACUGAACACCAUGUAAAACCCUGACAAACAUUGUGAAAUCCUGACAGACACUAUGUCAGACCCUAACUGAACUCCAUGUCAAAACCUGACCAACCCGGUAAGACAGUGUGAAACCCUGACAGACAUCCUGUAUAACCUCUGACGGACACUGUGUUGAACCCUACCAGACACUGUGUUGAACC